AUGGACUCCUCGUCUGUCCAGCAGGACGUUCACGUGGAGAACAGAAACAGUAAUGGGGCCCCUACCAGCUCUGAAGAACUUCUGGAUUGUAAGGCCAAGUCAGAUUUGCCAGUUACAACAGAUGAAAUUAACACUACCAGUAUUGACAUCAAUGAAGUGCCAAAUGAAGAGGGAAGUCUGGAGAUAAACAGCAAGGUGGACACCUGCCAGAAUGGGCCAGAGUCACUGUGCCCCGACUCCCCUGUAUCUUUUGACCCCACCAGCAGUGCACAGGGUCAAGAGUCGUCCCCAGGUGUGACUGGUUUCCAUGACAGCCUAAGGAAGUCUCAGGGAACUAGUGCUGAGGGCAUAGUUCUUAGAAAAGAAGCUUUGCAGUCUCUCAAACUAAGUCUUCCCAUGCAAGAAACUGAAUUGUGCUCAGUAGAGUCUUCACUCCCAUUGGAGAAAGAAGAACAAAUAAGACUUCAAGCAAGAAGAAGGCUGGAAGAACAGCUCAAGCAAUACAGAGUGAAGAGACAUCAAGAAAGAUCUAACCAGUCUACAUCCAAGAGCCGGCCCUCCAGCACCCUAGAUCCUGAGCUGAUGUUAAAUCCAGAAAUCUUGCCAAGAGCUAGCACUGUAGCAAUGACAAAAGAAUACUCCUUUUUGCGGACCAGUGUCCCCAGGGGACCAAAACUGGGUAGCCUGGGACUUCCAGCAUCCUCAAAAGAAAGAAGAAGUUCAAAAUCUAAGCCCAGUAAGAUCCGGUCCCUGGCUGACUACAGAACUGAAGAUUCAGGCUCUAGAAAUGCUCCUGGGAAUUUUGUGGCUACUGAUCUAUCUGGUGGGACUCUGAAGCAAAGCAGAAGCGGUCCAACAUCAGUUGUUUCUGAGAUUAGUCUGCCUUCUGACAUGGAUGACCGAAUAGAAAAUUCCUCUGUGGCAGGAGAUAGCGUUUCAGAGAUCGAUGGGAGUGAAGUGGGAAUGAGGCUGGAUGGAAAUGAGAGUGACAGCUCGACCUACAGCAGCGUGUCAGGAAAAGGGCUGUAUAACAGUUUACAGAAUGUGGAAGGCAAACAGGGUAUUCCUUAUACAAUAAACGGUCAGAAGAUACAUCCCGAUGCAAUGGGGCAAUUUCCUUCCAUCAGUGAGGUGCUUCAGGCUGCGGCAGUGGAGCAUCAAGCCCAAGAGCAAGAAGUUAACGGGGAAGUACGGAGCAGGAGAGACAGUAUUUCUAGCAGUGUUUCCAUGGAAAGCUCUAUCGCAGGAACUCAUGACGAAAUGUUGCAGGUUCUGAAGGAGAAGAUGAGACUUGAAGGGCAACUAGAAACACUCUCACUUGAAGCUAAUCAGGCUCUCAAAGAGAAGACUGAGCUACAAGCCCAACUUGCAGCUUUGAACAUGAAGCUUCAGGCGCAGAUGGAGCACAGCCAAAACAGCCAGCAGAAGCAGGAAUCUCUGAGCUCAGAAGUGGCCACAUUAAAGCAGUCUUGCUGGGAUCUGGAACGAGCAAUGGCUGACCUGCAAAGUACUUUGGAAGCAAAGAAUGCUAGUUUGGCUUCUUCAAAUAAUGAUUUGCAGUUAGCAGAGGAGCAGUACCAAAGACUCCUGCUGAAGGUUGAAGAUAUGCAAAAAAAUGUUCUCACCAGAGACAGCACAGUUCAUGAUCUGCGACAGCAGUUGGCUUCCCUACAGAACCAGCUUCAGAAGGUGCAGCUGGAACGGACCACACUGACCAAUAAGCUAAAGGCAUCUGAGACAGAAAUCACAUCGCUCCAAAACGUGCGGCACUGGUACCAGCAGCAGCUCGUGCUGGCACAGGAGGCCCGUGUCAGGCUGCAGAGUGAGAUGGCCAAUAUACAGGCUGGGCAAAUGACCCAAGCAGGUAUGUUGGAACAUCUCAAACUAGAGAAUGUGGCACUGUCUCAGCAGUUGACUGAAACCCAGCACAGAUCCAUUAAAGAAAAGGAACGUAUUGCAGCACAGCUGCAAAACAUUGAGGCUGACAUGUUAGAUCAAGAAGCUGCCUUCAUGCAAAUCCAGGAGGCUAAAACCAUGGUGGAAGAAGACUUGCAGAGAAAGCUGGAGGAGUUUGAGGAUGAGAAAGAACAGCUUCAGAAAAUGGCUGAUUCUGCAGCAACGUUGGAGCAAGAAUUGGAACAGGUCAAGUUGACUUUGCAUCAGCGAGAUCUGCAGCUUGAAUCUUUACAGCAAGAGCACCUGGACCUAAUGAAGCAAUUCACUCUGACCCAAGAGACAUUGCACACCAAAGAGCAGUCCCUGGAUGACCUGCAAACACAGUAUGACGAACUGAAGGCCAGAUUAGAAGAGUUCCAAAGUGACGCUACUUCUAAAGAUGACACGAUCCAGUAUUUGCAGAAUGAGAAGAUUGUCUUGGAAGUAGCCCUGCAGGCAGCAAAAGCAAGCAAAGAGCAACUUGACGAAGGAGCAACGCGCCUUGGAGAAAGUGCAGAAGUAGCAUCAGAAAUCUUGGAACAACUCAGGCAAGAAAUGGCAAUCAAGUCAAGCCAGGUAGAAAAUCUGCAAAAGGAAAAUGCCAGCCUUAAAAAACAGGUUCAAAAAUUGAAGGAACAGUUCCUGCAGCAGAAGGUGAUGGUAGAAGCUUAUCGAAGAGAUGCAAGUUCUAAGGACCAGCUGAUUAGCGAACUGAAAGCUACGAAGAAGCGGUUGGACUCAGAAGUGAAAGAGUUAAAACGAGAGCUACUGAAAAUUCAAGUUGAAAAGCAGUCACUCGAAUCUGAACAUUCAAAACUACAGAAGGAAGUAUCUCAGGUUCAACAGCAGAUGGUGGAAAUAGAAAACCAUCUUCAGUCAGUGCAGAAAGAACGAGACGAUAUGGAAACACGCCUACAGUCUUUGCAGUUCGAUAAGGAACAAAUGGCAUCUCUUGCUGAGGCAAAUCAGACAUUAAAACAACAAGUAGAACAAAUGCAAGAAGAAGCAAAAAAGGCCAUAACUGAGCAGAAACAGAAAAUGAAGCGUCUGGGGUCAGAUCUGACGAGUGCUCAGAAGGAGAUGAAAGCAAAACAUAAAGCCUAUGAGAAUGCAGUCGGCAUUCUUAGUCGGCGGCUACAGGAAUCUCUGGCUGCAAAGGAAUCUGCUGAAGCAGAACUGAGCAAACUGAAGGCACAAAUCACUGAUGGUGGAAACAACCAGAUUGCUCAAGAAAAGAUUCAAGCUCUGGAGACAGAAUUGCAAGCUGUUAGCAGCAGUAAAUUGAUGCUGGAAAAAGAGUUGCAAGAAGUGAUUUCACUUACGAGCCAGGAGCUUGAAGAAUACAGAGAGAAAGUGCUGGAACUCGAGGAUGAGCUUCAGGAAUCUAGAGGCUUCAGGAGGAAGAUAAAACGUUUAGAAGAAAUUAAUAAGAAGUUGGCCCUUGAACUGGAGCAUGAACGAGGAAAACUUACAGGUCUUAGUCAGUCCAACGCCGCUUUACGGGAGCACAACAAUAUCCUAGAAACAGCACUAGCAAAAAGAGAGGCAGACUUGGUACAGCUGAAUCUACAGGUUCAGGCAGUCCUGAAACGGAAGGAAGAAGAGGAUCAACAAAUGCAACAACUUAUUCAAGCUUUACAGGAUUCCUUAGAGAAAGAAAAGUCAAAAGUUAGAGAGCUUAAGAAACAGGAAGCAGCAGCUAAAGCGGAUGCAGCGCAUAACCGCCGUCAUUACAAAGCUGCUGCCCUUGAGCUCAGUGAAAUCAAGAAAGAGCUUCAUGCCAAAGAACUGCUUGUCCAAGCCCUUCAGGCUGAAGUGGACAAACUACAGGUAGAGGAUGAAAAACAUUCCCAGGAGGUAUCACAGUUUCAGCAGGAGCUGGCAGAAGCCAGGUCUCAGCUCCAACUUCUGCAGAAAAAGCUGGAUGACAAGCUUACUGAACAGCCUGUAGUAAACCAAGAGGUGGAAGACCUCAAGUGGGAAGUAGAACAAAAAGAAAGAGAAAUUGAAACACUUAAGCAGCAGUUGGAUAUGAGCGAGCAGCGCAGCCACAAGGAGUUAGAAGGAAUACAAGUUGUCUUGCAGAAUAUCAAGACUGAGUUGGAAAUGGCGAGGGAAGACCUGUCAGUGACUCAGAAGGAUAAGUUUAUGCUGCAGGCUAAAGUGACUGAACUGAAAAACAGCAUGAAGUCGCUGCUGCAGCAGAACCAGCAACUGAAAUUGGACCUGAAACAUGGCAAGAUGAAGAAGAGGAAGGAACUGAAAGGAGAAAAUAACUCUUCAAAUCCUGUGACUCCAGUCAAGAUUCCUGACUGUCCAGUGCCUGCUGCCUUGCUGGAAGAACUGUUGAAACCAUCGACAGCUGUGAGCAAGGAGCCUUUAAAAAAUCUGAACAGCUGUCUCCGGCAAUUAAAGCAAGAAAUGGAUAGCCUUCAGCGUCAGAUGGAGGAACACACCAUUACAGUACACGAAUCGAUGUCUUCGUGGACUCAGAUUGAGGGGCAGCUAAUGGACCUUACCUCUACCAGUCCUGCAACUGCAACAGACCAGCAGGAGAUUCCUACUGCAGAUGAAAAGAAACAGAACUGUAGUGUUAGUGACAAGGAAGCUUUGACACUAUAACCUCCUUAUCAGUUGUCUUUCUUCCUAUUGCUUUAAGUAUGUAAACAAAUCUUUAUCAAAAUUAUUUAUUUAUUUCAUUUUAAAAAAUGGUGUUCAGAGUUGUGCUUUUGCCCGUAGAAGCAAAGGGCAUGGACUUUGAGAAACUGGUGUAAUAUUAAAUGCAGAACAUGCUGUUCCAAGGGUUUGUUUGAAACCUUACCAUAAUUCUGUCAUGUUGGGGACUGCCAUGUGGUAAAUCUGGUUUAUUUUGGAGUUUAGUAAGAGAUUCAGAUGAAGGUUUAAAAUGAGGUCAAGAAGAGCAUCUGGUUCCAGGUCUGUCUUUGUUCAGUCUGAGUGAGUUUGUUAAGGAAUGACUGUUAAAGUAACAUCAGGGUUUUGGUGCAUUGUUUUACCUGGGGGGAGGAAAGGGUUGUGUGUGUGUUGGGUUGUAUCAAAGUCACAGGGCAAAAUAAGUCCUGUUCAUGUUCAGCCAUUAGCAGUGGUUGAGAACUGGAUGUUCCAAGCAUCCUCUCUCCUCCCUCCUAUAAUCUCUUACUUUUGCAGUUGAUUACAGGUAUCUGUAUUUAAAGAAAAAAAUUUCAUUUGAAGCCAUUUCUAGAUGACUUCUGACCUAUAGCAAAAGAAACAAGACUGCAGAGACAAGCAGUGCAGACCGGUAUGUGUCUUUGGCAGAUUUGCCUGGGAUGUUUUCUGAAGUGUCACAGUUUUUCUCUUACAGUUGCAGGCCAGUAGGGAGCUUUGCUUCACUGCACAAACACUUCUUGCACCUUUUUAGUUCAACUUUUGAAGUAGACACCCUUGAAAAAGGUAUGCGUGUAAUAUAUAUAUAUAAAGAAAAAAUCAUAAUUUUCUGACUUUAAAUAUCUGUUUUAAUAUGCUUAUAUACUGUAAGUUAAGGCUGACAUGAGGGUUUUUUGUUACUGUCAUUAUUUUAAUGUUACAUUUCAGUUUGCUGGUUUUUGACAUACUGUACAAAUGGCUUAGGGAAAUUAGCCCCCAGAGCCAGAGCUUUUAGAAAUGUAAUUAUUUUUACUUUAAAAGACAAAAUUAUAAUGCCUAUAAAAUUAUUGUUUUUAUUAGCUUUAUUUUCUCCCAUAUGCUUCCCCUAUUUUUUGCACCCUCUAUCGCGAGGUGUCCACCGUGAACGGAAAUGUUGGUACUGUGGCAGCCCCUCUGCAGAGCACCUUGACUAGAUUAUUAUUAAAGCAGGCCCCUUCAGAUUCCUAUUCCUUUGGUCCCAUUGCUCCAUGUGUCUCGUAGUGCAGGGAGAAACCUGCCCUCUCCUCAGUCACAGAUUCAGUGGGGAGGUACUGCUUUGCCUAAUGUGCCAAGUGCUAAAGCAGAAAUCAAAAUAUAUGUGACAGAUUAUUUGGAAGAUUUAGUGGCAACUCAUGUACUAGCAUGUGUUUGUCUUUAAAACAUAAAGAAAACAGGUCAAUUGUAUCCACUAUAGAAUGGCAUUUAAAAAAAAUAAAAUAGGUACAAGUAGAUUAAGUGGCUGGGAGGAAAAAAGUCUCGUUUGUGUAUUUUUCCAAAGAGACCGUUGCUGCUUUUGGAUGGGUUUGGUUGUUUGGGGGAGAAAAUGAUUGCAGUUUGCUUAGCAGCAAGGCAAAAAGUUAGCAAACAAAAAACCAAAACCCCCAAACUUACCCAUAUUUAUCCAAAGUCUGAUUUCUUAUCAUUACCAAUUCAAGCUCUGAGCAAGUUGAACACUUGGCACCUGGAGUAUCUAUACUGACUGAUUUCAUGCCCCUUAGUUACUGGAAUUUAACUUCUAUUUUAUUGGGAUCGAAGUCAAUGCUAAAAGUCAAGGUUUCGAAAGUGGUGAAGACAGAAAUGCAUUAGUGUGGCAUUAGGUGCCCAUCAUGCAGAAUUACCAAACAAUUCAAAGAAAAGCCAAAAGCUUUACAGACUAGCUUAGACGUGAAUGUCUGCACACUGCUGUAGUCUGCUUCGCAGAGUAAAUGGUACUGAUUCUCUCGCUGCUGUCAUGUUCUUGAAGUUGCCUGUAUAUUAAGUUUGAAGAAGAAAAAAAUAUGCAGUAUUGAACAAAAUUAAAAUUACAUAAUGAAUAAUAUAUUCAGUACAAAAAAGUUAUUACACGUUCAGAAUUUUAAAUAAAAUAACACUUCUGCAGCUUUAACGUUGCUGUUCAUUCUGGUAAAUACAUUGCCUACAGUUAAGAGAUUAAAACAUAAUGGAUUCUUAACUUUGGCAACAGUUAUAUGGAUAAAGGUUUUAUCUGGCAUCAAAGAAGCCAGAAUUGUUAGAGAAACCUUCAUAGUUCUUCAGAAUGUCUGCUCUCCUCUUGUUUUUGUAUCAGUAAUAUACUGCCUUCUGUUCUCAGUGCAGUGCUGCAUUUUCUCACUAGCUCCUUCUAAGGACAUCUGAGCUUCUACAAUCAAGUAGCCUUAGAUGUGUGUUUUUCCUUUUAAAGAUGAGGGAGCUGUUGUGAAGUGCUCAGAUUAGCUUUCCACAUUGACCCACCUGUCUCUCUGAAAGCACCUGGACACUAGGUAUUUCAUUUUUUAUUCACCAUGGUUUUUUUCUAUAAACAGAAGCACCAUGCCAUUUCCCCAAAUGAAGGACAGACGGUGACACUCAAGGGUCUAAAUCUGGUGAGGUACUGAGUCAAUUAAGUUGCAGAAGUCACUGGGAAGCCUUCUAGAAGGAGCGCGCAGCAUGUGAUAAAAGCAAGGCCUUUUCUUUGAAGCUCAUCAGCUGUGUUUCUUAAUUAUCCAGAGAAAUAGUUGCUGUUUUAUUAAAAAGCCUCACCCUGAGGCUGGGCGUGCUCACUUUACAAAGCUUCAGGUCUCUGCUGUCUAGGCAAUAAAACAAACUAGUUGAGGAAUGAAAACUGCCUCCCCUCUGCUUGUUGCAGCACUGCCAAAUACAUCAGAGGAAAAUCAGUGCCUCAUUCACACUGGUGUGUUUAUAGAAACUGAAGAAUAAUCUCUUAAAGAUAUUUUAUUUUUCCUUUUUCAAGCACUGCAGUAGAAUGUAUUUUCUGUGUCUGUUUCUUCAGUGGUUGCUUCCUACUAAACCAAGUCUUGUUGAUGAAGGAGAAAUGUCACUGUAAUGUGAGGAUGUUUCCCAAGUGAGGGCAGUUGGUAACUGCUGCAAUGUUACUUCUUCAGAUGCUGUUGGGUUUUUGAGGAUUCUUGAAAAAUUGUGCAUUUAAAAAACCAAUCAACCAGCAAACCCUACAAUGAAAAAUAUUGUUGGUUACUGAGUCUCUGGUGUUGCUGAACAUUGCAUAAUGCUCCAUUCCGCUGUCUUCCAGAUUUCUUGGAAAUAUUUGUGCACUGUAUUGGGAUCAGCUGGGCCCCUUACCCGCUCAUGCAAGGGGGGGAUCUGGUCCCAUACUGUUUAUUCAGGCAAUACCCUAGCAGAAAUCUGUGAGAAUUUAAUAAAUGUACAGAGUAGUGUCCAGAAUGAAAGUCCUGGUGCUCAUGUUUUCAUGGGUCACUCAUUCCUCUGUAGGGGAAUGGAUGGCAGUGGCGUGAGUGUUUUAAUGCUGGUUAUGGCAGCAUUGAAGGUGCACUGGGGACAGGUGGUACAAUUUAACUUAAAGGUGGCAAAUUCACUACUGGUGAUGGAAAAGCUCGUCUGUUUUAUUAACUUUGCUGGGGGAGUGUGAAUAGUUGCAUGUAACUUGCUGUGACCAGAGUCUAAAUAGUUUCAUGUGAAAGCAAUUACGGUCCAAAUUAACUACUAAUGCUCAUCAGCUGUCAUCUGACUUGUCUCCUACUAAUGUGUAACACUUCAGUCUUGGGCAGUAGGGCGGCCUAAUUUCCAAUACAGAUGCACAGGUUUCUGGGGGAGGGAAAGGUGUUCUGGAUAUUGUAAAGGAAACACUGUUAUGUUUUAUACAUGACAUUCAAUACUGUCUGCUUAGGCUGUAUUUGUAAAGAUAGAAGUUCAUCGUUUCAUGUUCCUGAGUGGAUAACCCAGGGGAAUGGAGGAGUUACACUAUGUACAAUUAAUGUUUAUGAUCAUACAAAGCAUGUUGAUUAUAAAAAUAAUGUGCAUAGGAAUUCCUUUAAAAGUUUUGUGCAAUAAACUAUUUUUGGUAAAGGGC